GAUGACGUUUCGAAAAGGCUGGUGGAACAGGAUCUCGACAUCAGCAAUGGCAUCAUGUUUCCUUUCUACGAUCCAGACAGCAACCUCAUCUUCCUCUGUGGCAAGGGUGACUCCUCAAUGCGUUACUUUGAGGUGACAGACGACGACCCCUAUGUCUUCUUUAUUGACACCAUGACCAGUUCCGAUCCACAGCGCGGCAUCGGUUGGAUGCCGAAACGGGGUCUCAACGUAAACCAAAAUGAGAUCGCACGCUUCUACAAGUUGCACGCACGCGGCUUCUGCGAAGUCAUUCCCUUCACGGUGCCAAGAAAAUCGGUUCUCUACCAGGACGACCUCUACCCCGAUACUGUCGGCGACACACCUGCUCUCUCCGCCGACGAGUGGAUGUCCGGUAAGGACGCGGAUCCUAUCCUGAUGUCACUGAAGGACGGUUUUGUGAGCGGCGAAGCGGACGGCAAGAAGAACGGCAAGCUGCCGUCAACACGGCCGAAACUGACUGAGUCAAAGUUGGGCGGCGCCCACCAUCAGCAUCAGGCACCCCACAGUAACACCACGUCCGCAACUACCGACUCCAUUCGACCUUCCCACACUAGUUCAAAUGCCGUCUCCGCUGGCGGUGAAAUCGUUAAAUCGAGCGACUUUGGCGGAAUAAAUCCUGAAGAAGUGCAGCAGUUGUUGGACGACAUGCGGAAAAUGAAGAUCAUUAUCAAGGGUCACGAGAGACGAAUAAAACAUCUAGAGGAACAGUUGAAGGGAGGACAGUAG